AGGGGUACAAGUUCGUCAAAGGCGAAACGCGGAAAACGUACAGCAGAUGAAGCGGGGCUCCCAUCUUACGCGAAGAGUUAUUCGCGAGUGAGCAAAGACAAUCUUUAUAUGAUCAUAGCUCUGUGGAUGGAAGAGUUUGUCAAGGAAGCUCCAGAGGAUCACAACAAGGUCAGAGGUGCUCGUGUUACCAAACGACAUUUUAUACUUAUAUAUAUAUUUCUUACUGUAUGUAAUAUCUUACUAUAUACUAUAUCUUUGUAAUUUUAUUGUUGCACACGCCCCUUGUGGAAAUCAGCCUAGGUUGACAAUGGUUAGCGUGUUUAAAUAAAAGUUUCUAUCUAUCUAUCUAUCUAUCUAUCUAUCUAUCUAUCUAUCUAUCUAUCUAUCUAUCUAUAUCUAUCUACAUGAUUUUGGCUGCAGAUUGUUCCCGAGACGGUGUCCACGCUGCAGCCAGGUUGUUGAUGAAGCACGGCGAUAAAGCCAAGGGUUGUAAGAUGUUCAUGUCUCGAAAGCCGUGCCCGUUCUGUGCGAAGCUUUUGGUUCAAUCGAAAGUCGAACGAGUCUUGUUUUUUGCCGUUUGAACCAGAAUACUAUCGUUCGCCUGAACCGUUUAAACGACAUACAACCAGGACGUCUCGCAAGAAAGUUAAUGAAAAAAGAAAGAAAUCCAACAAGACCCAAAUGAAUCAAGUCGACGAUUUGUUUACCGCAAGCUCUAUUGCACAAACUAGGUUCGUUUUGCAAGUCGAGAAGCCCGUGCUUGAAGAUGCGGAACAGAAAAAAACAUCGGGAAAAAAAAAGAAGCAGAUUCGCGAUGAAAUCAAUAGAUUGAACCAUGAAUAUGGUUUUGAAAGAAACCCUAAUUGGAUGGAGUGUAUUAAGGACGAACUACCGUGGCCAGCAUUCGACAAUGAGAUAAAAGCGGAAGUUCAAGCGUACUUUGCGAACGCCAUGGAAUGGAUAGCAAGAGCUAACGUUCUGCGAGGUCGUGGGUUGAAUUACGAGUUUGAGUGCUGCCAUGACGAGUCAAAGAACUCCGAUGCCUUUAAUCCAGUGAGUAACACCACUCAUACAAAGCAAGCGCGUCAUUUCAUGGCGAUAGCGAGAUUUUUGGCCGAACGCACAGACGACCCAAAAACUGGCGUUGGUGCAGUGAUUGUCAGUCCAGAAAUGGAAAUAAUUUCGUUUGGUUGGAACAGCUUUCCUCUCAAAGCAAAAUAUGGCAAGUUUCCAAGAGCUUCAAAAAGCGAUAAAUUUAUAGUUGAUAAAAAAUACCCGUAUGUAAUCCAUGCUGAGCAGAAUGCCCUUUUGACGCGAAAUAAAAAGAAGAUCGAAGGCGCAAUUCUGUUUGUUACAAAAUCUCCGUGCAAUGAAUGCGCUCCUUUGAUUGCCAUGCAAGGUAUUGAAACCGUUGUCGUCGACGAUGAUGUCUCAUCGCGUGAUGAUGCAGCCCAAAAGAACGGCUUGGGGUAUAAGAAGUUUCCUGAUAUGAUCAAAAGUGGCAAGUUCGUUUGCUUUCAAACAUGCAAGAGAGCUGCAAGCAGAUCCAGGUCCUAGCAAGGCCAGCAGAGCACUGUUCGAUGAUAAAAAAACAGUCGUAGCAUAAACUCUGAACAAAUCGACACUCAUAAAUGGGCCAUAAUUACAAUUAAUUUUAGAAACAUUGCAUGUUCUAUAUCACAAUAAUGAUUGUAAAACACAACAUGAUAUCAGUGUUUUAUGUGACGAAAUUUUGUCCCCAUUUUUUAUUGCAUCACUUUAAAGUAUGUUCAAAAUAAUGAAGGUUACAAUUCAUAUUUUAUUCCCAAGUUAUAGCACUUUUUGUAUUUUCAGUUAUGGCGUCAGCAAACAGACAUUGUCUCUGCAGACAUUGGUGACUCUACAAAAUUAAAUGACAUUUUGUACAAUUUAUAAGUUAUAUGGCAACAGAUCAGUCUCUCUCUUUCAUUUGCCUAUUUUUUUCGUGUGUUCUUCAAAACUCCGAAAUGCAGACUGGAAGCAAGUCUAACUCUUUAGCAGACAGCAGGUCAGGAUUGGGCAUCCACAAUAACGCUUUAUUUUAUUACUGACAGAUACAUCUUGUCCAUUUCAUUGUCGGCCAUUCAAUCUUCAUUCAGUUUUGAGACCAGUGAACCCUGAUCUAUCAUUUACAAUUCUGAGAUAAUUGAAAACCCUGUUCCAUCCAGUUUACUCCUGGAGAUCAGUGAAAACUAUGUUCCAUUCAGUUGUACAAUUGAGAUCAGUGAUAUUCAUAAUCCAUCCAGUUGCAUUUUAGAGGUCAGUUAAAACACUCUUUUCCAUCCAGUUGGACUUAUGAGCUCAGUGACAAUCUUGAUCCAGCCAGUUCAAAUUUUGAAAUCAGUGAAUAAAAUGCCCCAUCCAAUUCAGAUUUUGAAAUCACAAGUACGUGGCUUUGAGGGGUUGACCAAGGUAAAUCCAGUUCUUCCUUUUCUUCCAGUCAAACACCGACUUUAUUCUCAGGUUUUUCUUCAUGUGGAGGGAAAAACUGGGAACGAGGUUGUGAAUGCACCUGCUAUUCACACGUGCUUCUUUGUUCUAUGUUCUACACAACAACAUGGCGUCUAGCGAGGAUAAAAAUUCGACGAUGGCAGAAUCCAAAAAAGACACAGAUAGAUCUUACGCGAAGAGCCACGCACGAGUGAGCAAAGACAAUCUUUAUAUGAUCAUAGCUCUAUGGAUAGAAGAUUUUGAUAAAGCUCCAGAGGGCUACAACAAUGUCGGAGCGGUGCUUGUGUUACCAAACGACGUUGUUUGCGCCGCAGAUUGUUCUCGAGACGGCGUCCACGCUGUAGCCAGGUUGUUGAUGAAGCACUGUGAUAAAGCCAAGGGUUGUAAAAUGUUUAUGUCUCGAAAGCCGUGCCCGUUCUGUGCGAAGCUUUUGGUUCAAUCGAAAGUGGAACGAGUCUUGUUUCUGCCGCGUGAACCAGAAUACUAUCAUGCGCCUAAACCGCUUGGACCAGAAUUCAAAGAUGACGAUAAGAAGCGCAAGGAAAUCGAAAAAGAAAGAAAUAAACCCAACAUGACCCUUAUGAAACAAGUCGACAAUAUGUUUACUGCAAGCGUUAUUGCCCAAACAAGGUUCGUGUUGAAAGUCGAUGAGCAAGUUCUUGCCGAUUCGGUAGUGAAAUCACGCAAAACAGAAGCAGAAAUAAAGAAGCAGACUAAGAAAGACAAGGAUAAAUUGACGAGAAAGUAUGGUUUUAGCCGUGAAUGGAUUGGUUCUUAUAAGAUUAUUGAGAAGAAUCUACCAUGGCCAGCAUUUGACGACGAGGUAAAAUCGGAAGUUUUAAAUUACUUUGACAACAUCAUGGAGUGGAUGGCAAGAGCUAUAGCUCCGCCAAGGAGAGAAUUGAAGUUUGAACCCGCUAUUGAGAAAACAGAAACUACCGAUGGUCGUGACGAUGAUGAUGCUUUUGAUCCAGUGAAAAACAACACCCACGCAGAGCAAGCCCAUGAUGAUGCUUUUGAUCCAGUGAGAAACACCACCCACGCAGAGCAAGCCUGUCAUUUCAUGACGAUAGCGAGAUUUUUGGCCGAACGCACGGACGACCCGAAAACUGGAGUUGGUGCAGUGAUUGUCAGUCCGGAAAUGGAAAUUCUCUCGUUCGGUUGGAAUGGCUUUCCUCUCAAAGCACUUUAUGGCGAGUUUCCAAGAGGUUCAGACGAUAAACCUCCCAAGACGGAUAAACCUGUUGGUUCGGAUGAACCUGUUGGUUCGGAUAAACCAGGAGAAAAGAAAGAGCCUGUAAAAAAGAAAUACCCGUAUGUAAUCCAUGCUGAGCAGAAUGCCCUCUUGUUUCGAAAUAACAAAAAUAUCAAAGGCGCGAUUUUGUUUGUUACGAGAACUCCUUGUGAUGAAUGCACUCCUUUGAUUGCCAUGCAAGGUAUUAAAACGUUUGUCGUCGACGAUGAUGUAUUUGCACGUGAUGCAACCCAAGGCGCGUUGAAGUAUAAGGAGUUUACUCUUAAGAUCAAAAAUGGCAAGGGCGUUUGCUUUCAAACAAAGGAGCC